UGAGUUCAUCGAUGCCGAGGGGCAGGGCAUGGAGGGCACCUCGUCAAGCACACUACUCCCAAUGCUGUCGCGCACAUCGAUGCUGCUAAUGGACUACAAGCAAUUCAAGUCCGCACGGAUCAUACAGCGGCACUGGCGCGGCUGCCUCUGCCGCGAGACACUGAAGAAACGCAACAAGGCGGCCACGACCCUUCAGCGCUACUGGCGUGGCUUUGCCGUGCGGAAAAACUACUUCAAGACCGUGGAGAAAAUGCUGCAGAAGCGUCUGGAGGCGCGCUACAACCAGGCGGCCACCAAGAUUCAGGCGCUGUUCCGCGGCUGGUGGAUCCGACACACGGUCCACGAUACGCACAGCCUGCGCCAGAUGCAAGUCUGUGCGGCCGAGGAUCUACUCAAUUGUGUGGCCUUCAAGCUGCACCAUUUGCUGCGCACCUACUCGAUACCCGGCGUCUACUCGCUAAAGAACACAACCUGCUUGUCGCGAGUGGAGAAACUGCUGGCGAGCCUCAACUUUCGCUUCCACAAUGGACGGGUGCGCUCGUGCAUGGCCAAACGGAGCGCCGAUGCCCGGGUGGAGCGCGAUCACUUCAUGAAGAACAAACAUCAGACAGAAGUUCCCUAUACUGGUCCCAACUUCCAGAGCUUCUGUACCCCCCAGUGUGAGGGUGCGCUGCGCAUGUCCAAGGACAUGGACCGACGAAUGUACAAGAUCAUUGAGAUGUACGACAAGGCCCAGAGGGAUGCUCACGUUCAAAAGUUUCACAAGAGCUUAGCCGGAAAGAAACGUCUCAAGGUCUUGAAGGAGAAGUUAAAGUUUCUCGAGAAGAAUAAGCGGGACUUCUGUGGCGAUGUCAUUGCUAGCAUGCGCCGCUGGAAGAUACUGGGCGACAGGCAGCUCACUGUGGACAACAAUAUCUUCCAGAAUCCCGAGAAUCUGGAGAAAUUCCUCGGUGAAAUAUCCGACCUUAUCGAAGAGAUCGAAAGCGUCACUUGCCAUUGCAAGCCACCCGCUCUAGACAAGAUUGUUUGUCGCUAAAUAUUGGUCCAACACCCCAAAAAAAGUUUAAAGCUUAUU